GUUCUUCAUAAAACGUUUAUAAAUACUUUUACCUUCUCGUUUUAGAAACACAGAGAUCUCGUCACCGUUUUCAUGUCAUCCCGAUCGUUUCCUUCUCUCGAUGGCAUCCAGUGCUGAUUAAUUGAAGAAUACAAGCUUAUUCAACCCUUUUGAGAAGAAGUGGGUUCUUAUAAACAGCCAGAAUAAUAUUAGCUCUUUGCCAAUGGAGAAAGGAAAAUCUUCUAGCCUAUUUGCUAAUGAUGGUUCAUUCAUGGAGCGGUUCAAACAGCUCGAGCAGGAGAAGGGUGCUGCAUUAGAGGGAUCUAAGCAGGGCCAAACAGGAUCAGAUGCUUCUACUCCUAAACCACUCAUCAAUAAAACCAGCUUUGGAUCUAAAGCUAACGAUUCACGUAAAACAAACCCAGUUUCUGCAAGUGGCAAACUUGCAUUCAGCUUGAAACAGAAGUCAAAGCUUGUGGCACCCGCUCUUAAGUUAAGUGACGAUGAAGACGAAGAAGAUAAGUAUACUGGAAAUGCAUCAGGUAAUGGGCUGGCAAAACGGCAGAAGUUGGGUCAGCCUGAUGCUUCUCAGCAAUCUCAAAAACAAGCAGACGUUGCACCACCUCCCCCAAGUGACUCUACAGUGAAGGAAGUUGCAGACAGGUUGGCAAAUUUUGUGGCUAAACAUGGAAGGUCUAUUGAGCAUAUUACACGGCAAAAGAAUCCAGGAGAUACUCCUUUCAAGUUUCUCUUUGAUGAAAGCUGUGCUGAUUACAAGUAUUACGAAUAUCAACUUGGUCUAGAAGAAAAGGCUCUGUCAGAGUCCAGGGAAUCCCAGGCAUCACAAAGUGGUGGUGCAAGCACUGCAGCUCCUGUGCCUACAAGUGGGUCUCAAAAGUCCAUUCAGCCGCAUUCGAACUAUCAGACUCCUGCUUCAGCGUUAUAUGAUUCAAGUGAAUCUAGCGGCCCAACUGGUGCAGAUCCUAUAGCAAUGAUGGAGUUUUACAUGAAGAAGGCUGCACGGGAGGAGAAGAGGAGACAGCCUAAACAGUCGAAAGAUGAAAUGCCUCCACCUGCUUCCCUUCAAGCAGCUUCUCUAAAGAAAGGGCAUCACAUGGGUGAUUAUAUCCCUCAGGAAGAACUUGAGAAGUUCUUGGCUAGCUGCAAUGAUGCAGCUGCUCUGAAAGCCGCUAAAGAGACUGCAGAAAAGGCUAAAAUCCAAGCUGACAAUGUUGGGCACAAACUUCUGUCAAAAAUGGGCUGGAAAGAAGGCGAGGGUUUGGGGAGCUCCAAAAGCGGCAUUGCAGAUCCAAUUAUGGCCGGUAAUGUGAAAAAGGACCACUUGGGUGUUGGUGCUCACCAACCUGGAGAGGUGACUCCAGAGGACGAUAUAUAUGAGCAGUAUAAGAAGCGUAUGAUGCUUGGUUACAAAUUCAGACCAAACCCUCUGGGCAAUCCUCGGAAAUCAUACUACUAAGGGAAUUACUAUUGCAAACCAUCUGCUAGCUGGUUAUCCUUUAAGAACUACUUUCAUUCUGUCGUCCGAUUUUUUAUUUGUUUGUGGGUAUGGUCAAGUUGAAUGUACUAUUGAAUCGGCUGAUCGAGAAAUGGUAUUGGUGUGUGCGAACGGAAUAAUAUACUUGGUUGUCUUGUCUUGGAUUAAAUGGUUUAUUGCCAAAAUUGUCAAUUCAUUGGUUUGUGAUAUUA